CACCCAGUAAAGAAGCAGCUAGGCCCUCACAAAUCCUGGACACCGUCAGCACUGUCAGGAAGAUGGGACAACCAUACCAGCUGCCACUCGUGGGACUCCUACUCUUUGCUCUUAUUCCAAGCCAACGAUGUGAGAUCUGUAAGGUAAGCAAAGAGAAUUACUUCCGCCUCAGCCCUUUGAUGAGAACGCUGAUCAAUUCAAAACAUAACAAAGUGGUACAAGAUGCCAAUAUCCUGCUGUCUCUGAGACUUACAGGGUUCCAAAACGUAAGUCUAGACCAAGAGCUGAUCCAAGAACUCAAAGGCAGUGUGAGAAAAUCAGGAGCAAAUUUAACAUCAGGAUGUCUUGCCUUGAUUAUGCUGGCUUUGGGAGCGUGUCAAAACCCCAACAAAGCAUUUAGAUAUGAACCAAACCUAAUCGGCCAUCUAGAAAGUAAAUUCCAAGCAGAAAUUAAAAAUAUAGAAAACUAUGGCAAUCCACUGACUAACUACUACCAGCUCAGCAUGGAUGUUUUGGCCUUGUGUUUGUUCAAUGGGAGUUAUUCAGUCACUGAAGUUUCUCAACUUUUGAGUCCUAAAAAUAAAACGUAUUAUUUUGGUGAUCAGUUCUCAGUAGAUACUGCUUCAAUGGCAGUCUUGGCUCUGACCUGUGUGAAAAACAGUGUAACAAAUGGGCAGAUGGAAAGUAUUAUUACUAGUCAUAUAGAGUCACUGGUAAAACAGAUUCUGUCUGAGAAGAAAGGAGGUCUCAUUGGAAACAUAUAUAGUACAGGAGGAGCUAUGCAGGCUCUCUUUGUUUCGUCAGACUACUACAAUAAGAGAGAAUGGGAUUGCCAAAAAACUCAAGAUGCUAUACUCAGUGAAAUUCCCCAAGGAGUGUUCAGUCUUCCAAUUGCUGCUGCCCAGGUCUUACCUGCCCUGAUGGGAAAGACUUACCUCGAUAUUAACAGAGAUUCUCCUUGUGUCUACAGUUCAGGUGACUUCCACAUCUCCACUCAGGAGCCUUUGCCUCCGACACCUACUCAGUCAGCCUCAGACAUCUUGGUCCGUUACUCUGUGGUGAUCAAUGAAACCUAUUCCACCAGUGUUACCGUGCCGACUGGUUCUGUCUUCCUCGAUGUCAUGGAAGCAGCAAAGAAGAUAAAUGAAACUGUGUUUCGCUUCAAAGUGGUGGAUAGCUCAUGGGGCCCCUAUGUCACCUCUGUUCAGGGUCUAACUGCCAACAGUAAUGAAAGAAGAUACUGGGAACUUCUGAGUGAAGGCAAACCACUAAGCCAGGGAGUUGGUAGUUAUGUUGUCCAUGAUGGAGAAAAUUUGGAGGUUCGCUGGAGCACAUAUUAAUAAACUCAAGCCUUCUUCAACUGGACCUAUUCCUUUUUCAGUGGAAUUCCAAGGAGAAUGUGUCCUCAUGUCUUCCUUCUCAUUUAUGACAAUCCUCACAGGAGAAUCAUAGUCUCCACUUCUCUGUGCUUGCUCAAAAAAAUUUAAAAAAAAAUCAACAACUAAAGAAAGAGUGCAUGGUCUACUGAAUUUGCUUUUUCAAAGGGUUAUUAAGGGGCCAGGUGGUGGUGCACCUGGUUGAGUGCACACAAAACCAGCGCACAAGAACCCAGUUCAAGCCCAUCGUCUCCACCUGCAGCGGAUAUCUCUCUGUCUCCUUAUCUCCCCCUGCCCUAUCAAGUUCUCUCUGUCUCCAUUCAAACUAAAUAAAUAAAAAAAAUUUUUUUUAAACUUUAAGAAAAAAACUUUUAAAAAGCACAUAGGAAAAAAAAGAGAUUAUUCACAGAGACUAUUGUCUAGGAAGAACCAUGUGUCUCGGUAGCUGAGUUUGGGAAGCAGAGCAAAAUAGAAAUAAGGUCCCAGGUCUAAUCUUGGCCACAGCAACCACUGAGAUUUAAAUAUGGGACAGGGGUCGAUAUCAUAAUGGUCAACACCCAGGUUCAAUGGAGAAGCAAUUACAGAAGCCAGACCUUCCACCUUCUGCAUCCUACAAUGACCUUGGGUCCAUACUCCCAGAGGGAUAAAGAAUAGGAAAGCUAUCAGGGGAGGGGAUGGGAUAUGGAAAUCUGGUGGUGGGAAUUGUGUGGAGUUGUACCCCUCUUAUCCUAUGGUUUAGUCAAUGUUUCCUUUUUAUAAAUAAAUUUUUUUAAGAUUUAUAAAUUCCAUUAAAAAAUAAAAUAAUAAAUCCAAUAGCUGGAAUAAAAUUAGCCCCUCCCUUCAUAAUCUUAAGUAUCACUUCCUGCUCUCUGUCAUAGGGAGGUUUACCUUACAUUAGAGUACAGCUUCAUUUCUGAAAUAUAUAUUUAUAUAGAGACAUAUGUAAGCAUAUAUUAGUUACUAUAAUACAUAUUACUUUUUUUAUUGCCACUGGGGUUAUUGCUGGGGCUUUGUGUCUACAAAACCAAUCCAUUGCUCCUGACGGUCUUCUUUCUUUCUUUCUUUCUUUCUUUCUUUCUUUCUUUCUUUCUUUCUUUUGAUAGGAUAGGGAGAAAUUGAGAGGGGAGGAGAAGGGAGAGAGGGAGAGUAAAAGACACCUGCAGACCUACUUCACCAUUUGUGAAGCUUCCCUGAGCACACCACCACUCAGCCCCUGCAUUUUCUUUUUUUAAUAUAUUGUUUUGAUUGUGACUAAAUAAUGGUUUACAAGAUUAUAAGAUUGCAUGGGUAUGGUUCCAGGCUGCAGCAACCAGCAAGUCUCUAUGUACCACCCUUGCCCUCAUGAUAAAUACCAUAGACCUCACAAAGUUUGGGACCAUGUGUUCUAACUAUGUACUUCAAAAGAUAAUGACUGGCUCAGUGUCAGGUUUUACCACCAAAAAUAAUAUAAAUAAAAUAAUAUCUAAAAGCCCUGAGUGUUUGGAAUAGCUUUCAUCGUCAGAUAAGGGGAAAAAAAAAAAAGAUCAAAUAAAAGGCUUUCUGAGAACUCAAAAUCCAUUGCUUGUCCACAGUCAAACAACUUCAAAAAGUUCAGGCUGGAACCCAGUUCAUGUCCAUUUACCUGCAUAAAACUAGACCUGGGGGAGUCUUGCCUGAGAGUCUGGAAGGAGCUAUUGGAAAACAGGUGCCCCAGGCUAUUAAAUGAGGUUGGCAUAUAGGAACCAGCCAAACCGCAAAGAAAUGCUUUCUGCUAACAGCCGGGAGAUUGUGUCACUGGGAAUAAAAAGGCCUGAAGGAAGUCUCACUCGUACUUAUACCCAUUAGCUAAUCUCUUGUUUAAGGCCUGGGAUUUUGGUAAAAGUCAUUUUGUCAUCAUAGCUGUUUUCACUGUAUUCCCAGGUCCAAUUUCAUUUAAUUAUUUUUUUCUUUUUUUUUUAAUUUCUUUAUUGGGGAAUUAAUGUUUUACAUUUGACAGUAAAUAUAUUAGUUUCUACAUGCAUGACAUUUUCCAAUUUUCCACAUAACUAAUUAUUUUUCCUUUCCUAGAGCACUGCUAAACUCUGGCUUAUGGUGCUGGGGAUUGAACCUGGGAGCUCAGAGCUUCAGGCGUGAAAGUCAGCAGCAUGACCAUUAUGCUGCCUCCCCAGUGCUUUGUUUAUGUUUUUUUCUUCUUUCUUUUCUUUUAUUUUAUUGGGAGGGCUAUUGGUUUACAGUGUAGGUUUGUUUGGUUGGUUGGUUGGUUUUAGUUUUUGUUUUUUUUUGUUUUUACCAGAGCACUGCUCAGCUCUGUUUUACGGUGGUACGGGGCACUGAACCUGGGACUUUGGAGCCUCAGGCAUGAAAAGUCUCUUUGUAUAACCAUUAUGCUAUCUACCCCCACCCCAAUAUAGUCUUUAACAUGCCUAAUAUUUUUAUGGAGCAUUAUGCUAUCUACCCCCACCCCAGUAUAGUCUUUAACA